CAGGUAGAAGACUAUGCUGCCUACCUUGGGAUCGACGCACAGCAGGAGCCUGAGUACCUCUGGAUCGCCGAGAUGGCGCUCAUGGCGCCCCUUCCACCCGGCUGGACGGAGAACAAGGACUCGACAGGGAACGUCUUCUUCCACAACAGGUCCAUGAGCUUGAGCUCAUACGAACACCCUCUUGACCCAGCCUUCAAGUCAUACUACAAGAAGUUGAAAGCUGCU